AUGGUUUAUUUUGUAGAUGUCGCUUUGAUUUGGGCAUUGCCAGCCAUCCUGAUUAACAAACUCAUUUUCUAUAUGGUCUAUAAGAUUGGUGGAAAUCAUGAAUGCAUAGUGGAUGUAGCAUACUCCAUAAGCCAUUUAGUUGCAGGAGUAGUCUACUGUGUUUUCUCGAGCAUAUCAACUCCAGCAAGGAUUAUCAACAUUGUUCUUGUUGCAUUAUGGUCAUUAAGACUUGGUGGAUUUUUGUGUGUGACAAGAGUUUUGGCUGGAUUUAAGGAUGAGAGAUACGAUAAUAUCUUUAGUGAAUACAGCGCCGAUAAAUUUAAGAAAGAUGUAAUGGUGCUGGUCUAAUUUAUGUUCUAAGGAUUGAUUGUAUUUGUCACCAGCAUUCCAUUAUAUUUCUUGUUUCUAAAUGAUCUCACUUGGGAACCAGAUAGUUUCAAUGGUUUGAACGUGAUGAAUUACAUCGCAUUGUCAAUCAUUCCUUUCAGUAUUUGCUUAGAAGCAAGUGCAGAUAUACAAUUAGAGAGAUUUAAGAAGUUAAAACAAUAGGGUUUGAUACCAAAAGAAGAGUUGAUAGAAACUGGACUUUGGAGAAAGAGUCGUCAUCCAAAUUUGUUUUUUGAUUUAGUUACUUGGUUCUGCUUUUCUAUGGCAGCAAUAUAUGAUGCAAUAAGUGUUUGCGCUUUGAUUGGGCCAGUUGCUUUGUUUUGUGUAAUGGAAUUUCUUACAACUCCAUUAACAGAAGCUCAUAUGAAAAAGAAGAGAGGGGAAAUUUAUGAAUAAUAUGUUGCACGAACUAAUAAAUACUUGGUUUUAUGA